AUGGAAGUCGUCGAGCCAACUAAGGAAAUGACAAGGUAUGAGGACGAAGCUGCUCUGGGCACAGCGCAGGAGAAGAACAUGUCCCUGAAGACUGCCUUCAAAUAUUACCGAAAAGCCGUGAUAUGGUCUAUCACUAUCUCCAUGGCCACCAUCAUGGAGUCUUACGACAUGCAGCUCAUCAGCUCCUUCUACGCCUUUCCUCAAUUCAACAAGAAGUACGGCCAGCAACUGCCAAAUGGUACAUGGCAGGUUGAUGCAGAUUGGCAACUGGGUCUGAGUCUAGCAUCGCUGAUCGGUCUCAUCUUUGGCGUGUUUGCUAGUGGAUACCUCGGUGAUCGCUACGGACCCCGAUAUGUCAUGAUUGCAGCACAUUGCCUCCUGACAGGAUUCGUUGCUGUGAUAUUCACGGCGCAGAGCGUUGAGAUACUUUUUGCAGGCGAGUUAUUAUGUGCGUGCACUUGGGGCCUCUUCGCUGCAGCAACACCGACAUACGCCGCCGAGAUUGUCCCCAUGGCACUGAGAGGAUACCUCACCACAUAUGUUAAUCUUUGCUGGGUGAUCGGACGAAUCCUUGCGACCGGUGUCCUACGGGGCAUGCUACCGGUGCAGUCUGAAUGGUCUUUCAGGGUUCCGUUCGCGCUCCAAUGGAUGUGGCCGCCGGCGCUAAUCAUAGCUACAUGGUUAUCACCAGAGAGUCCUUGGUGGCUCGUUCGUAAGGAGCGUAUCGAGGAAGCAAGGAAGACGCUGAACCGCCUGGUCAGUGCCCCUACUGGGUUAGUCAACAAUGAUCAUCGCCUUGCCAUGAUGCAACAUACCAUUGCGCUGGAGCGCGAAUUAAAUGUUGGUGGAUCUUUUCUGGACUGCUUCAAGGGCACGAACCUGCGCAGAACAGAGAUUGCGAUGCUCUCUUGGGGCGGACAGAUACUUCCCGGCUUUAUCAUCCAGGGUUAUACGACCUAUUUCUUCACGCUUGCCGGACUUGCCCCAAGCGACUCUUUCAACUUGACAAUGGGUGUCUUCAGUAUGGCUUUUGUUGGUACAUGCGCGUCGUGGUUAUUGCAGCCCCGGUUGGGUCGACGCACCAUCUACAUCGCAGGCUUGGCAAUCAUGUUACCAAUCAUGUGGAUUGUUGCUUUUCUUGAGUUCGCGCCAAAUGCCGGCAGUAAUUCUAGCAUCAAAUGGGCACAAUCUUCCGUCUUGAUGAUCUGGUUCUUCACCUACGGAACCACCAUCGGCCCGAUCCCUUAUGCUAUCGCUGCUGAGGUAGGUGCAGUACAGUUGCGCUACAAGACAAUCGCUCUCGGUCGCAACAUGUACUACUUCCUUUCCAUCAUCAACGUCAUUAUCUCGCCAUAUAUGCUCAACCCAAGCAAAUGGGAUCUCAAGGGAAAGGCGGCGUUUCCCGCUGCCAUCUUGAAUAUAUGCUUGUUCGUCUGGGCAUACUACAGGCUGCCAGAAACAAAGGGCAUGACACCGGAGACGUUGGAUCAUCUGUUUCACGAGAAGGUCAGCGCUAGGAACUUCAAAGCAGAGGCGGCAAGGUUUCAAUAG